UGGAUGCCCCUGAGGCUCCGUAGACUACGUAUAAAUAUAUCAGCCACCAAACCCGGGUGAGUGGAAGAUGGACUCUGAAGAGUUUCCCGGUUGGUUAAGCCUAGCAAUCUUGUCCCUGGCGUCUUUCAAAAAAGGUUUCGAUCUCUUCAGACCCCGUCAGGAUGAAGUUGACAGCUGCCAUUACGCUGCUCUUGUUGGCUGCCGCUAAGGCUCAUUACACCUUCCCCAGCAUCGCCAACACAGCCGACUGGCAAUAUGUCCGUGUUACGUCCAACUACCAGAGCAAUGGUCCAGUGACAGACGUCAACUCAGACGCCAUCCGGUGCUACGAGCGUAACCCCGGCACCGGGGCGAGCGGCGUCUACAACGUCACCGCCGGCUCCACCCUCAACUACAACGCCAAGGCAUCCAUUUCCCACCCGGGGCCAAUGGCCGUCUACAUUGCCAAGGUCCCCGCUGGCAAGACGGCCGCGAACUGGGACGGCAAGGGCCAAGUCUGGUCCAAGAUCUACCAAGAUAUGCCCCGUCUGGGCGGAAGCAUGACCUGGCCUUCACAGGGUGCCCGCUCCAUCCCCGUCACGAUCCCCCGCUGCCUGCAGAACGGCGAGUACCUGCUCCGGGCCGAGCACAUUGCCCUGCACAGCGCGAGCGGCGUUGGCGGAGCCCAGUUCUACAUUUCGUGUGCCCAGAUCAGCGUCAGCGGCGGCAGCGGAACAUGGAGCCCUAAAAAUCGUGUCUCGUUCCCCGGCGCUUACCAGGCCACCCACCCCGGCAUCAUGAUCAACAUCUAUUACCCCGUGCCGACCAGCUACACGCCGCCUGGCCCGCCGGUUGAGACGUGCUGAGACGCUUCAUGGGAUGUUGGCAUGGAAUUGAGCAGUCUCAACGAGGCACUUCAAAUUAUACUCUUGAGUGUAUAUAGGUACUUCUGUUGCGAAUGUGAUACUAUGAGGUGUCGAGUUGUAUAUACUGAGUGUUACCUACGUCAAGCGCAUAUGCGUUGAGCUGCUUACCGGUAUUCUGAGUUGAGAAUCACGACUUGCCCCAGCUUGUAGAAAUAAUACUUAUGUUAGGCAUGGAUGACCUAUUAAUAGAAACAGAAAGAACUCGACUUGAAGCAAUGACAAUGGGAC